GGUCCUUGCAAUUAAAUUUCCUCACGAUGCCGUGUGACAGACAUGUUAUCUUGCAGAUUUGCAAUGUUACAUAAUAACCAUGCUCGCAAGCCGUUUGCGGAAAUGUCUUACAUGACUUACAUUAGUUAGUAGGCGUAGGCACCAUUUAAGUUUGUGUUUGGUUUAGCCAUGAAGCAAAGCGAAGGGCAUGGCCAAACCCACACGAAGAUGAAGAUCUUAUUGAGCUCAGUUUCAGCUAUGAUGGCAGAAACCACUACCUUUCCAAUAGACCUAAUCAAGACAAGACUCCAACUACACGGCCAGUCCGACUCACUGGCUCGACCCACUAACGCGUUUCGAGUCGCAUCGGAAAUCGUUCGGCAACAGGGUCCUCUCAGCCUCUACAAAGGCCUCUCUCCUGCCAUUAUAAGACACCUCUUUUACACUCCUAUUAGAAUCGUUGGUUACGAGAAUUUGAGAAAUCUUGUUGUUGCCGAUAAUGCCGCCUCUCUUUCCCUCUCUUCUAAAGCUCUUGUGGGUGGAAUCUCUGGCGUCAUUGCCCAGAUAAUAGCAAGCCCUGCUGAUCUAGUUAAGGUGAGAAUGCAAGCUGAUGGUCGUAUGGUAAGCAAAGGUCUCCGACCUAGAUACUUGGGGCCAUUUGAAGCUUUGAACCAGAUCAUUCAUACAGAAGGAUUUGGAGGACUGUGGAAAGGAGUUUUGCCGAAUGUGCAAAGAGCAUUUUUAGUGAAUAUGGGAGAAUUGGCUUGUUAUGAUCAGGCAAAACAUUUUGUUAUCCACAAUCAGAUAGCUGAUGAUAACAUCUACGCCCACACCUUGGCAUCUAUUAUGUCUGGUCUCUCUGCAACCGCUUUGAGUUGUCCAGCUGAUGUAGUAAAGACAAGAAUAAUGAAUCAGGCUGCGAGCAAGGAAGAUAAGAUCAUGUAUACCAGUUCCUAUGAUUGUCUGGUGAAGACAGUGAGAAGUGAAGGGUUACGAGCAUUGUGGAAGGGUUUCUUUCCUACAUGGGCCAGGCUUGGUCCGUGGCAAUUUGUGUUCUGGGUAUCCUAUGAGAAGUUCCGACAAUUUGCUGAGCUGUCUUCCUUCUAAAUGUUCUGCCUGGUAAUUCACAAUGCCUUUUUAAAACCAGUUGGAAGGCCGCAUAUUAUCCAUAGGCUUUUAAGUUUGCCACAUGGAUUUUGUGCUUGGGUUUCUGGGCAGAUUUAGUAAUUUAUAUACCUUUUGAAAGUCAUCAAAAUGAAAGAGCGUGGCAAGGAUUAUUCAAGCAAUGUCAUAUUAUUCAAGUGAUGUAGUAGAGACUAGAGAGGUCCCCUUCUUUGCCUUCAUAUAUUUUCUAGCUUAAUUUGUUCACCUGAUUAUCCGGUAAGCUCUAUUGUGGGCGUUUAUUAAAGGCGGUGUUACUUUCA